AUGCUUAAAUCAGUAUCCCAACCCAGGAUAGUUACCUUGUAUGGCAGAGGAAGUGCAAGAAAGCUACACAGCAGGCUUAAUGUCUUGGUGGCUGCUUUUCUUCUAUCCUGCUUGGCCUACACAUUCAUUUUUGACAGUUUCAACCUUCCACUCGGCUCGGCAUGCGACACCAUCUCUAAAGACUUGUCGAAACCGAGGAUAGAUGCCGGGAACUCCACGCUUGGGUUCUCAAGCAUACUGGCUCUUUCUGUGAAGCCAAGCUGGAGAUCCCGCGGACUUUUAGCAUCCGCGGAAUACAGUGGAUUAGAUAUCCAAAUUCCAAAACAACCUUUUAUUGCACCUGAAUUAGUGGAGGCAUUUAAAAACAUUCCGUCAAAGACUGGAAAGCAACCCUCGUCCGGAUCCGCCUAUGCAUGGCUUGCACACCUCGAUCUUAUCAAACAUGCAGUUACCAAUAACAUGGAGACGGUUUUGAUUGUGGAGGAUGAUGUCGACUGGGACGUCAACAUCAAGACUCAGAUGCAGUUGAUUUCUGAUAAUUUGCGAAAGCUUACAGAUAUAAACAACACAGACAAGAGUCCAUAUGGCCAAGCAUGGGAUGUUCUGUGGAUUGGUCAUUGCGGGGAACAUACAUCUGUUGAUACCCCUCGGAUCGAGUUCUCAGAUGCCACCGUACCACCUCGAAAUACCUAUACCGGAUGGGCAAACAAGUAUAUGUAUAACAUCGACGCCGGUAAACGGGCAAUCCAGAUCGGAGUCAACCCCGUCUGUUCUUUUGGUUACGCUUUGACGCUCAAAGGAGCAGAGAAAGUUCUGGACUGGGCCGGAAAAGGAGGAAACGAAGCCUUCGACAUUCGGAUGCUUCAAGGAUGCCAAACCAAGGACCUCAAAUGUUUAGUUGUCAACCCGGAAGUCAUGCAUCACUAUCAACCACCGAAGGAGUUGGGAUAUACCAGUCUGGUCGCAGAAUCAGAUGGCAAAGGUGUUGCUGCCGACGAGGACAAAUUUGAGCAUGUGAUGGGUGGGACAGAAAACAUCCGGGAAAGCACAAGGUGCAAAGUCUUGUUCGAUACAACUUGUGUGAAGGAGCAUAGAGACUAUUGGUUCAAGCAGACCUGA